UCCUCCAUGCGUAAACAUACACACACUGUGACAUGUUUAAAGUAUCAUUCCUUGACCGCUGAAUGAGGAUUUCUGUGGGCAGAAUGAGAUAUCGCAUUCGUGGAUCCUGUCGCUGCCACUGUGAAGAAAUCUGAGUUGGGCUUCUAAGAAGGGACAGCGUAACGCCAAGAGUGAAAACAGCCAGAGUCAAGUAGAAGAUAUUCUAUGAUGAGGAUAAGGACAUAUUCAAGGGCGCACAUUCUGCAGGAGUUCCAUGCGCACUGUCAGUCUCUUGCAGCCAACAGCAAUGCAGGAUAUCAAAGGGAAUUUGAGGAGCUGAAUGACACUGGGCAAGGCUUACCAUGCAGGGCUGGAGAGCUGGAAGCCAAUAAAGAAAAAAACAGAUACCCGUUCAUCUUGCCCUAUGAUCACUGCAGGGUUAAGCUGUCUCUGCUGGAUUCUCAGCCACACUCAGAUUACAUCAACGCUAGCUAUGUGCCUGGUGGCUCUUCAGAACGUGACUUCAUCUGUACCCAGGCCCCUUUGCAGUCAACCAUAGCGGAUUUCUGGCGGAUGGUCUGGGAGCAAAAGGUGCAGGUCAUCGUCAUGGUGACAGCACUGAAAGAAAGUGACAAGAUAUUGUGUAGCCAGUACUGGCCUCCUGAGAGAGGCACAGGCUGUUAUGGUGCAGUUGAAGUAACCACCAUUUCCUGUCACCGUGGCCCAGACUGCUACAUCACCACCAUCCACCUACGUCAGCGUGGCUAUCCCACAGAGCGGCGCGUAACACAUUAUCACUACCCCGGCUGGCCGGAUCGAGGCGUUCCAAGAGAUCCCACCUCUCUCUGUGCCUUCGCUGAGCAUAUCAGGAAACACCUAGAAAACGCACCAAGCACACGGUACACAGUGGUGCACUGCAGUGCAGGCGUGGGCCGCUCUGGAACAUUUGUGGCGUUGCUGUGGUUGAUGCAGCUCUGUAGACGGGGUAUUGUCCCUGAAGUACGCCUGGCUGUCCAGGAUCUGCGCAAACAUCGAGUGAUGAUGGUACAAAACCUGGAACAAUACAUACUUGUGCAUCAGUGUCUUCUUCACUGGCUGGGUGGGGACAUGCUUAGACCAAGUACCCACAAUGCUCCUGUACCACUCCGAACAACACCGUCCCAAAAGACCAGGCAAUCCAGAAGAGGACGGAGGAGCCGAAGCAGACCACCGGACCACGCACAGCAGGCCGAGUCCAUGCACUCCUCUGAGCAAGCCUCACACACACAGCCAGCCCAGCAGAGAGCAUGGCGGGCCAUACAGACCACACUGCAGACGAUCCACCCUGCUAAACUCCUGCAGAGGAUACUGCCCACCACACAAAACACACCACAGGACACACAGCUGUAGCCCAGUGACGCACAGUCAGGACUGAUCCAGGAUCAGCAGCUUCAUCCUUCAUCCUUAUUUAGCUAGUUAAACAAUUACACAUGUGCCAAAAUUAAGUAAUAAUACAGUGAAAUUCAAUACACAGGAUACUGUUGUCAUUAACAUGCUGAAAUACUGUCACUGCAUUUAAGUCAAAUAAAUUGUAGUUUCAUCAGAGAUUUUUAGAUAUGGUUAGUUUUCAGAGUAGUAGGUUUCAGGUCCUACUGUACCAGGGGUCACCAAUCAUAUCCAUAAAGCCUGGUGAUACCCAUUAAGACUAUAUGCAAGCAAAGGUACAAAAAUUGGGAUGGGGCAAUUUAAGACUAGGGGCAUUGUAAAAUAAGAGGUAAUGUAAUCAUGCUUGGGUAUGAAGAGAGCAUCCAGGAAAGGCUUGGCGCUUAAUGAGCAAGGAUGGGUCAAAGGUCUCCACUUUGCCAAAAAAAUGCAUCAGCAAAUAGUCCAACUUUCCUCAACCAGCAUUUGCAAGGACUUAACAUAUUUUACUCUCUACAGGUCAUUAUAUCAUUAAAUGUCUGUGCAUAAACCGCAGGGUCUGCGUUUGAAGACCGCAAGAUACUCUGCUGUUAGGACAGCAAGUGGGAGUUCGUUCCACCACCUGCAGGACUUUUCAGACUAGUACAGUGCAAACUGCGACAACAGAGGCCCCGAACAGUCACACAGCUGAAGACGUGUAUAACUGAGGAAUGACAAGCGAUAUAACACACUGGCAAACAGACUCCUGUCCCAUCACUGUCCACUUUAUCAGCUCCACUUACUGUGUAGCUGCACUUUUAGUUCUACAGUUACAGACUGUAGUCCAUCUGUUUCUCUGAUACUCUG